CAUUCUCGUCCCCAAAAUUCCAACAAUGGAGCUCAUGCCAUUAGAAAUCAAUCUCCAUUGUGCCAAAGACCUCAAGAACGUCAAUAUUUUCACCAAGAUGAACGUCUAUGCCGUCGUUUCAGUCAACGGUGACCGUCGCACGGCGCAGAAAACACCCAUCGACAAGGAGUGCGGUGCAUACCCGAACUGGAAUCACACCAUGAAUAUGACCAUCGACGAGGCCAUCGCCCGUCGGAACCACCACAACCUCGUGAUCCGAUUGAAGUCCGGUCUUAUGCUCCGCGACAAAGAGAUCGGGACCGUCCAGGUGCCGAUCAAGGACCUGCUCGAUCACAACGACGGGAACUCCAAGGUGGAGUACCAGAACGUGAGUUAUAGCGUCAGGUUGCCGAACGGGAAGACAAAAGGCGUGUUAAGUUUCUCUUACAAAUUCAGGGAACCGUUCACCAUGCCAUCCGUCACGCCGCCUCCGAUCGCGGCGUCCUCAUCCAUGUACGUGGAUAGAAACAACAAUAUGAGCAAUAAACAUGGGGAGAAGCUGGUUAUGGCGUAUCCGCCACCGCCGCCUGGUUAUCCGGAGCCGAGCUCGGGGCAUCAUGCUCCGCCUCCACAGGGGGUGGUGGGGUAUGCUUACCCUGCACCCAGUGGUUAUCCUCCUCCUCUGCCGUAUGGGUACCAGCAGGGACUGGCUCCAGGGUAUGUGUAUCCGACGGCGAAUGGUGGAUAUGGGUACCCGCCGUCGGAGCAGAAACCGAAGAAGUCGAAGAAAGGAGGGAUGGGGGCAGGGUUGGGAUUGGGGAUAGCCGGUGGAUUAUUGGGUGGAAUGUUGAUCGGUAAUAUGGUUGAGGAUGCCUAUGAAGCUGGUGUUGAAGAUGGCCUUGAUUAUGAUUUUUAA